AUGAGGCGGAACGGCGUUGCGGCUGUUGCUUUAGUGUUUGUCGCAACAACUUUUAUGGUAAUCAAUGCAUAUUACCAAAAGAAGCAGUUUUACUCAACUGUCGUCUACCUUACCAAGCAUAAGCUGUUUUUCGCAGCAAUAAUCCUGCAAUGCUUUACUAUCCUUCUGCUUAUUGCAAAAGCAAUAACCUGGAUUUUCUUCGGGACUAUCCAACAAACAGAGCUGGAUAAUGUCCUUUCGCGUAUUUGGUAUACGUCCUUUGAUAUGUGCCUGCUUUUCGCCUUUUUUCAAGAUGAGAUAAACACAAAAUUCGUGUUUAUGUUCACAUUGAUUUUAUUCAUGAAGAGCUUCCACUGGCUACUUGAGGGCCGAGUGGAUCAUAUGGAGCGAACACCGGUAAUUAGGACCUCAUUCCAUGUUCGGACAAUAAGCUUUAUGGUGCUACUGGCAUCUAUUGAUAUUCUUCAUAUUGCGUUCUUCUUUUGGGGAGUGUCAAGUCAAGAAGUGGCUUCCCUUGCCGUUGGCGCCGAGUACUACAUACUCUUGUUUGAGCUGAUCUCCACAGUAAUGCGUUACAUUCUCCAAACGAUCAACUCUAUGCGCGACACACCGUGGGAUCAAAAAUCAAUGUAUCUACUCUAUGUCGACGUUGUUGUUGGGUUGCUGCGGCUAUUUUUCUACUUGGAGUUCGCCCCCACCCUCUGGCGACAUCACCCAUUUCCUCUAUUCAUAAUCCGGCCAAUUUAUUUGAACUUGAGAUUCUUGAAGAAAACAGUAAGAGACCUUUUCAUGUCAAGGCGGGCUAUUCGACUGAUGAAUACCGUAUUCCAGGACGUUACUGCAACUGAGUUGGCUGCCUCAAACGACGCAGUGUGUAUCAUCUGUCGUGAAGAGAUGCAAACACAAACAGAUCCGCCCGCGGAAAUUCCUCCAGGGACCAUUAAACGUCUUCCGUGUGGCCACAUAUUCCAUGCUGCCUGCCUCAGAACCUGGUUUCAGCGUCAGCAGACUUGUCCCACUUGUCGUCUAAAUGUUCUUCGCCGACACACCGCCGCGCAACGGGGACAAGGUAACCGUGAGCGCGUUGCUCUUUCGGGUCAGAACCAGGAAGCGCCAAAUCAGAGGGGCGCUGGUGGCACACAAAUUCGAAUCGGUAUCCAGCGCACCCCGCGAAGACAAGCAACAGGAACUAGUGGCCAGCAAAUGCACACCUAUGUAAUUACUCCUUUGCUUUAUUCACCAAUCUACACAAAACACCCUACGAACCUCGUCACAUUUUUGCAACAGAAUGCAGUGAUUCCGGGAGGAUCGCAGCCUAACCAGGUGGCCGGUAGCGUUGCACCGCCGUUUUCAACUCCGCCGAUCAUUAUCCCGGGCAACCAGUUCCUGCCCGGCCUGGUGUCACCCACGCCCGCGCAGCCGGUCGAGUUGGCCCAGGUCGAGGCGACGGAGCGCGAGCUGCGCACCAGCAUCGAGGCGCGCGUCGCGACUCUGCAGCAAAUCCGACUGCUGCUGGACGCGGUCAUCCUCCAGAUGAACGCCUACGUGGCGGCCACGGCGAACCUGCCCCCAGCGGCGCCGGCCGCCGUCAGUGAACCACCUCACAGCCAGAAACCCCCAUCGUCACCCCCGCAACCCUCGGGGCUGGGCGACGGCGAGUCUGACUGUGGCCGCCAGAGCCCGAAAAACGGCAACUCAGAGAGUUCCAGUAUUGGAAAACUGCCCAGUUCGAGAGAGACUACGCCGGGUGACGAUGAGCCGAAAACCGAGAAGGAUGAACUCACGGUGCUCCGACAACGCCGAUUGGAGAAACUGUCGAAGGAGACCGCUGACUCUUCGUCGAAAUCCCCCGGUGUUGGCGCAGAAACCUCAUAA